AUGUACUCUCUCUUCUCUCACCCCGCGACAACCUCUCGUCGCCAACGCACCUCCUACCCCGCAUCCUACUCCUACAACCCUUACACACCCACUCACACAUACUCCUACAACUCUGCCGACGACGAAACCGAUGAAGAGGAACAACUCCUCCUCGCCGCCCUCGAACGCAAACGCCAACAGAAACUCGCCCGCCAUCAAUACAUCCAACAGCAGCAGCAUCAACAGGCUCUCGAGCAGCAGUGGAUCGAACAGGAGUACCGUCGUCACCAAGCUCUUGCACAGGCUCAGGCUGAGGCUAAGGUCAAGGCUGAGGCCAAGGCUCGUGCUAUCGCUCAGGUCAAGUACGAAGCCGAGCAGGAGGCUAUUCGCCAGUACAAGAAGCAACAGCAGAUCUUGAAGCAACAGCAACAGCAACAGAUCCAUGAGCAACAGGAACGCCAGCGUCGUCGCCAGCAGCAGCCUGUUGUUACUCUUGAACAACUUCUCUUCCAUCACCUCCAGGAGCAGCAGCAGAUCAAGCAGAUCGAGCAGAUCAAGCGACAGGAGGAAGCAGCCAAGGCCGCGAAGGCUAAGGCAGUUGCUGAAGCCAAGAAGCAGCAACAGCAGCAACAGUUGGAGCAGCAGAGAAGGCUCCAGCUCGCUCUCGAGACUGCCGCCGCCGAGUCAUCCGAGUCAUCUGAAGACGAGCAGGAGGAGAGUGAGAAUGAGGAGAAUGAUGUCCUUAGUCAACUCUUGAACGCCAUCUUCUUCCCCCAGCACCAACUCAAGCGCCACAACCAUGAGCUCGAGAAGCAGAAGCAGGCCGCUGCCGAGGAGCAAGCCAAGAAGCAGAAGCAAAUUGAACAGGCCAAGGCCGCCGCCGAGGCCAAGAAGCAGCAGCGUGCUUCCGAGUCGGACGAUGAGGAUGUCAUUGGCAACUACUUUUUGACCUUCCCUGACAUCAAGUCCAUGGUUGAGGCUGCUCUCGGUGCCAAGGUCGAGGUUUCCGCCAAGAAGCCCGCCACCCCCACCAAGUCUACCGCCUCUACUCCCACUCCUACCAAGGUCGCCGAGUCCAAGCCAACUGUCGAGGCCAAGACUGCAUCAACUCCAUCCUCGACCCACUCAUCUCCUGAGCUCCGCGCCGCCGACAUCCUCCAGCAACGCCAGCACCGCCAACGCGAGCACGACAUUUCGGUCGAGGAGAAGCACAUGACUCUGAACCAGAUCGACGCCGCCCUUGACGAUCUCUCUCGUGAGUUGGACGGUAUCGUUGCCGGUCGUAUGGAGAACAAGAAGCAGAUCCUUCAGACCGAGGAGAACUUGACCAAGGCCAUGUUCCGCAUUGACUCUGUUGAGAGCGAUGGUGAGGUCAGUGUCCGCCACCGCAGAAAGGAGUUGAUCAAGAAGAGCCAGACCCUUCUCGAUGUUGUCGAUGAGUUCAAGACCCGCGGUACCACAUCUGAUGCCACGCCUAAUGUCACCGCUACCGCUGAGACUGAAGCAACCCCAGCUGUCGAGAACGAUGCCGAGAUGACAGAGUCUGCUCCUGAAGCAACCCCAGAGACUGAGUCUACCGAGGUCCCUGCCGUUGAGACCACUGUCACUACUGAUUCUACCGAUGAAGAACACGAGGAGACCGAUGAAGAACACGAGGAGACCGAUGAGGAACACGAGGAGACCGAGGAAACCGAGCUGCUCGAUACUUUUUCCGAUGUCGAGUCCCUUCCCGAUGCCGAGGCUGACCACACCGACGACACCGCUGACGAGACCACUCCUGUAGAGGCCAAUGAUACAGUCGUCGAGUCUUCAUCCACCGAGACGCCGGUUUCCGAGUCUGCCGCACUCGAGCACGAGAACGAGUCCGGAGAAGAAUCUGAGCAGGAGAGUGACAACGAGGAGGACGAGGCGCCCGUAUUUGACGCUCUUGACUUGAUCAUUGACGCAGCAUUGGAUCUCGCAAGGCCCUCGGACGCCAUUGACCAUGACUUUGAACUGGUCUCUGUCCACUGA